CUCUACAUGUUUUAUAAAAAUCACAUUUGAUGAAAACUUCUCUCAAAAACAGACUGAAAUUACUGGGUCGAGCCGGGAGGAAUUGACCUUUUGAGUUGAGUUCAGGUGGACAAUUCGGUUCGCGUAUUUAAAUGCUACAGAGCCGAACAGCCCCAAGCAUUCUCGAGCUGCCAUACACCUGCUGGCGCGCAGAGAAGCCUAGGAAUCAACAAAGAUAAUCGAAGGUGUUGGUAACAAGAAUGGACGUGUCCUCGCUAGCUUGCAAGAUUAAGAGGAAGAGGUCGAAUGAAAGAGACGAUGCCUGUUCGUGCAAGAGGAGCUUAAAUGAUUUACCUGAUGCAAUGCUUAAGCUGAUCCUAUCUCUCCUCAAAACAAAAUGCGCUGUUCGUACAAGUGUAUUAUGCAAACGGUGGCAAUACAUGUGGACAUCCCUUCCCAAUCUUGAUUUUAACGACAGAGAAAGAAUGGUUCAAGAACAAGGAGCUUCAAGUGAGAAAAGAAAGCUUUUCAUGGAUUUUGUUGACCGGGUAUUGAUUUUUCACGAUGCACCUAAGAUACAUAAAUUUACCCUCUCUUGCGGGGCGAGCGACGAUAUGUCUCACAUGAUUCACAUCAGAAGAUGGAUAUCUGCAGCAGUGAGGCUUAAACCCCAGGAGGUUAAUAUCGUUAUUUAUAAUGCUCGUGUGAGUGAUCAACGUUUGCUUCCUUAUUGCCUGUUUAGUUGUGAAGCAACUGAAGUAAUGGGACUACAAGGAGAUUUUAGACUUAUACUUCCUUCACGAACAUGUCUCCCUCAUCUCAGGAUCUUGAUACUCUCAGGCUUGACAUUUAAAGACCAUCGCCCAUUAAACCUUCUAUUUGGUGGUCCAGCUCUUGAGGAGUUGGUCAUGCAAGAUUGCGAGUGGGAAGGGGGUAAAUCCGAGGUAAAUAUUUCAGCACCCAAACUCAAGAAGUUAACUAUAGAGGAGACCCAUGAGUUAUAUCGCCCAACCGAGCAUGCUUCAAAAUCUGUCACAAUAUCUUCCCCUGAGGUGGAAAUAUUCCACUAUGAGGGUGGACUUCUCAAAUCCUACCACUUCCAUUGUCCAUCUUCUAUUACCGAUGCCACUCUUGAAAGUCACGAUUGCUUACCCAUCGAGGACCUACACAUUGAUCAUUUAAGUGAGGUUCUAACCGCUCUCCAAUCAGUGGAAUGUUUGCAACUGGGAUCUUAUUUUGUUAAGGCCUUAACUCAUGCUUCAGUCCCAGUGUUCAAAAACUUGAUCAGACUGGAUCUCUCUGAGGAUCAAGUAGAUCUCAGCAGCAAAGAGUUGGAGAAGAUGCUUAAUCAAUGUCCGCGCCUGGAAACUCUUACAUUCUUGGGGGGGAUCUCCACCGACUAUUGUGCUCGUCGCCUGUUAAGUUCAAACCUCACGUGUUUAUCAUCAACUCUCAAGAGAAUUUCAAUUUCGUAUUUCAAUGGAAACACAAGCGAGCUGUUUGCAGUGCAAUUUUUGUUGUGGAAGGGGACAUGCUUGGAAAAGAUGGAUAUAUACUGCUAUGAGGGUGGGGAUGCACCCAAAGAAAUUGGAUUGUUUUUGUCUGCCUGUCACCGGUCAUCUGAAACCUGUGAACUUUAUGUCGGCUAAUGGUCUUUAAAUGCUAGUUCUCAAACACUACUUUAUAGCUAUCUUUCUGUUCUUUGGAUGACAAAUCCUGUAUUGUACUGCAAGACAGUUUCAGAUUCAUAUUUGGUCAUCACUUGAUGGAAACUGCAUUACUUGUUUUUCGAUAUGUCUUGGGUUUGUGUUGAUUCUUUUCGUGCAAGAUUGAAUUGCAUUGUUCCAGCAUUGUGGGAGAUUCGGGAUCAAUCCCAAAGGAAAUCAGACCAUAGCGGCAGUAAUGUUGUAACGUU